CGUGCAUAUAUACAGUUUUCUCCACAAUGACAGCAGCCGAUUUCACUAUUGCCGGCGUGAUGUGCUUCUACCUUCACAAAGAUCGUUGUGAUAUCUGGGCUGAUGACAAGCGCAUGUUCUCUUCUUACUCUUGUGUCGUACAUCGCAUGGCCUGAUACUCUGAUUUUCUUCGCAAUCGGCACCUUCAUUCUACCAAAGCUCUAUAUAAAUUCCCUGCUCGCGAUGCUCAACUCGCGCAAGAGUUCCAUGUGGACAGACGAAUGUCACUAUACCUGGUGGCUCCGGGACGGGUGCAGAGACGAGUGUCUCUCUACCUUUCCAUGCGGCAGGAGGAAGCCAGUUGAGUAGCACGGGCGAUAUAACAUUUGCUUAAGGAUAUACACACCACUUGCUUUGAUUAUAUGCCUACCAUUCAGUGUCAAUGACUAGUUCCUUACAUUCAGUACGAGCUAU